AUGUCGGCUGAGAAGCGAAUUCGAAGCGAUGAGGCGGAGAAGGAGGAGAGGACGGAGAGGAAGUUAGCACAUCUGGCUAAAAUUGCCAAAAAUCAGAUUGCCGAAGACGCGUUACAGGUGCAACGUGACCACGUCGCUGUGUUUAAGAGGUACGUGGCACAUUUCGAGAAAGUUCACGCCUAUGAUCUGCAACGAUCGGAGGGCAGUGAAGAACCAAAAGAUGCUGCCGGGAAUGGUGAUGGCGAAGAAAAUGACGGUAGAAAGGAUAGUGAUAAUGAUGAUGUUAAGGACGAAUGA